AUCAACAGCCGCCAUCUUGUCGCGGCUCGGAAUCGGGAUUUCGGCGGAGCGUUAUUUUUUUAUUCGGCGACGGAGCGUCCCAACCGCCCUCAGACGGCUCUAUCGGGCUUAAAAUCAAACGCGAGUGCGAUUUCGGAGGAUUUUUUCUGGCGAAAUACGGGAAAUAGGGUCGGUUUUUCGUCGGCCAGAAAACACCCCCCCCCCCUCCGUAUAUCUGAUUUCCCCCUUCAGAAAGCGCCGCUUCUCUCCGUAUCUCUCCCGUUCCUGGCCGUAUUGUUUACCGGGAGCAGCCGGCGGAUAGACAGCCGCGAAGGGACGAAACAGCAAAUAUAUUUUAUUUUUUCCUCAACGGCGCAUUUCGUCGGAGGCAGAUAUGGCUUUUGCGGCAAUUAAAUCGACGUCAGAAAAAAUGAGUUAUUUAAAGACGCGAAUGUAACGACUCGCGGUGGGAGGGGGGCACGAACACCCUGUUCGGAAUUAUUUUUUAAUUUAUUUUAGCUUUUAUUUUUUUCGGACUAAAAUAUUUUCCCUCGGUGCAAUUAUUAAUGAUAAUAUAAUGUGGGUGUUGGGUGUUGGAUUAUCAUGGGGUGAAUGGCGGUGGCGAAGCGGGGCGCUGUUGCUACUUUUUUGAAAUUUUGUUUUACCCUGGGCUAGCUAGCUAGUUAGCCAGCUAAUUGCUCGCUCCUUAAACAUUGAGGGCAAAAUAAGCUUGGGUUAGCAUCGUCCUCCCCCGUCAGCGUGGGGAUUCUUGAUAUCUUUUCCAAUUAUUUAAUCUGAAAUUAAAACCCAAAACGGUCAAAAUGGCUGAAAAUUUACUGGAUGUCGGACCUCCCAACCCGAAGCGACCGAAGCUGAAUUCACCUGCGCUGUCCGCCUCCGAUGGUCCAGUAGACUUGGUCUCGCUGUUCGACCUGGAGAACGACCUCCCGGACGAGCUGAUUCCAAACGGCGGGGACCUGGGCCUGGUGACCAUGCCCUCCAACGGUGGCGGCGGCGGGGGAGGGGGCGGCGGCCUGGGCGGAAUGGUGCCGGACGCUGCCUCCAAGCACAAGCAGCUGUCGGAGCUCCUGAGGGCGGGGAGCGGCUCCGGCCUGGGCCCGGGCCUCAACUCCGGCAGCCCCCAGCCGGGCAUGGGGGGCCAGCUGGGGGCGCUGGGGAAGAGCCCGCUGGGCCAGGGCUCACCCUCGCCCUCCCACCCCUCCCAGGCGCAGAAGCAGACGGCCGUCCCCACGGGCCAGGGGGGCGGCGGCGGCGGCAUGGGCCUCAACGCGGGCUUCAACCAGGCCAUGCUGAACAGUGGCCCCGGCCACGGGCUCCAGCAGGCCCAGGUGAUGAACGGCUCGCUGGGGCCGGCCGGGCGCAGCCGGGGGGCGGCGCUGCAGUACCAGGGCCAGGCCAUGCAGGGGGCGCCGGCGGUCGGGGGAGCGACGGGAGGAGGCGGCGGGGGCGGGGCCGGCGGCACGGGGAGCGUGCUGGCGGAGACGCUCGUCCAGGGGGCGCCGCAGGCAGGAGCACACCCCGCCAUGAACGCGCAGCAGGCCGGGAACAUGAACAAGAUGGGGCUGCCAGGGAACAGCGGUCCCUUUGGGCAGCCUUACGGGCAGGGUGCGGGACAGCAGCAGCUGGGGCCGACGGGGGUCAACGCCCAGCUCCAGAACAAAGCCCCCAUCUCCAACAGCCUGCCACCCUUCCCCUCCGACCUGAAGGGCGGCGCCGUCUCCAGCGUGCCAAACCUGCCCCAGAUGCAGCAGCAGCAGCAGCAGCAGCAGCUGCCCUCGGUGGGCAUGGGACAGGGCGUGUCCGCGGGGCCCACCGCCGACCCCGAGAAGCGCAAGCUGAUACAGCAGCAGCUGGUUCUGCUGCUCCACGCCCACAAGUGCCAGCGGCGCGAGCAGGCCAACGGACAGGUGCAGGCCUGCGCCCUGCCCCACUGCCGCACCAUGAAGAACGUCCUCAACCACAUGACCCACUGCCAGGCCGGCAAGUCCUGCCAGGUGGCUCACUGUGCGUCCUCGCGACAGAUCAUCUCCCACUGGAAGAACUGCACCCGCCACGACUGCCCCGUCUGCCUGCCGCUGAAGAACGCCAGCGACAAGAGGAACCAGCAGCCCAUGCUGAGCUCCCCGAGCGCCGGGCUGCAGAACUCCAUCGGCCCGGUGGGCACGGGCCAGCAGAGCACGGCCACCAUCAACAGCACCACGCCCAUCGACCCCAGCUCCAUGCAGAGGGCCUACGCCGCGCUCGGCCUGCCCUACGGCAACCAGCCGGCCACGCAGACGCAGGCGCAGGUCCCCGGACAGCCCUCUGCGCAGACGCAGCAGCUGCGGCCAGUCAACGCACUCGGCACUAACCAGAUGAACCUCGGGGGCGGGGGAAUGGGUGUGCCCACGUCGGAGCAAGCCAGCCUGCAGUCGGACUCCUCUCUUCCGUCCUCGCUCAACGCCAACAACCAGCUGAUGUCGGACGUGCCUGGCGUGGGCAACAUGGGAAGUCUGCCCAACGCCGCGCCGCUGCCCAACAGCGGGGUGAGGAAAGCCUGGCACGAGCACGUCACUCAGGACCUGCGCAACCACCUGGUGCACAAACUAGUCCAAGCCAUAUUCCCCACCCCAGACCCGGCCGCCCUGAAGGACCGGCGCAUGGAGAACUUGGUGGCCUACGCCCGCAAGGUGGAGGGGGACAUGUACGAGUCUGCCAACAGCAGGGAUGAGUACUACCACUUCCUGGCCGAGAAGAUCUACAAGAUCCAGAAGGAGCUGGAGGAGAAGCGGCGGUCGCGGCUGCAGAAGCAGAUCAUCCACCAGGCCCCCCUGAACGCGCCGGGGGGCCAGCAGCCGGGCCUCUCCCAGCCCGGCGCGCUGGGGCAAGCGCAGACCGGCAGGCCCCCGAAUGGACCUGUGCCUAUGCCCAAUGUGCCAAAUCAGAUCAUGAAUCGCAUGCAAGUUUCUCAAGGAAUGAACCAGUUCAGCCCCAUGCAGAUGCAGAACGUGCAGAUGUCCCAGGCGCCCAUGGGGCCCCGCGCCGCCUCCCCAAUGAGCCACCCCGUGCAGAUGAACAUGAGCUCCGUCCCACCGAUGGGGAUGUCCCCCUCCAGAAUGCCCCAGGCGCAAGGCAUGAUGGGAGGCCACGCCAACAACAUGGUGGGGCAGACGCCCAAUCAGGCCCAGUUCAUGCCUCAGUCCCAGUUCCCGGCCUCCACCGGAGCCAUGAACGUGAAUGUUAGCCUGAGCCAGCAGGGGGCUCAGAACGCCGUCACACAGCAGCAGCAGCAGCAGCAGCAGCAGAACGCUAACCUCCCCAUGAACGCUCUGGGCUCGCUGGGCCCGCAGUUGCCUACCCAGCCCCCUCUGCGCGCCACGCCUCCGCCCGCCUCCGGCGCGGCCGCUAACCUCCAGCAGCUGCAGCACCCCACCCCCCCGCAGGCCCAGCCCUCCAGCCGCGCCUCUACCCCCACCCCCACGCCCGGGACCCUGCCUGGCUCCACCCCGACGCAGGGUACCCCGCCCGGCCCUGCCCCGGCGCAGCCUCGCACGCCCCAGCUGGACCCUCCCGCCCAGUCCCAACCGCAGCCGCCCACCACCCCGCUGUCCCAGAAGGCAGCCAGCAUGGACAAUCGCGUCCCCACCCCGGCCUCCGUGACCAGUGCCGAGGUGAACUCCCAGCAUGCCGUGCACGACCUGCCCGUCCCCGAGCCCAAAACCGAGGCCCGGGACAAAGAUCAGGACUUCGAAUCCGGGGGAAUGAAGAUGGACACCAAAACAGAGUCUGAGGAGGACGGAGGCUCGCUGUCAGUGAAGAAGGAGGAGCCCAAGCAGGAGGUGAUGGAGGUGGAGGAGAAGAAGGCGGACGUGAAGACGGAGUCAAAGGAGGAGGAGGAAGGCGGGGCCAACGGCACGACCGCGUCCACUUCCCCCUCCCAGUCUCGCAGGAAAAUCUUCAAGCCGGAGGAGCUGCGGCAGGCUCUGAUGCCCACGCUGGAGUCGCUGUACCGGCAGGACCCCGAGUCCCUGCCCUUCCGCCAGCCCGUGGACCCCAUGCUGCUGGGCAUCCCGGACUACUUUGACAUCGUGAAGAACCCCAUCGACCUGUCCACCAUCAAGCGGAAGCUGGACACGGGGCAGUACCAGGAGCCCUGGCAGUACGUGGACGACGUCUGGCUCAUGUUCAACAACGCCUGGCUCUACAACCGCAAGACCUCCCGCGUCUACAAGUACUGCUCCAAGCUGGCCGAGGUGUUCGAGCAGGAGAUCGACCCCGUCAUGCAGGGCCUGGGCUACUGCUGCGGCAGGAAGUAUGAGUUCUCACCUCAAACUCUGUGCUGCUAUGGGAAACAGCUGUGUACCAUCCCCCGAGACGGCACCUACUACAGCUACCAGAACAGGUAUCAUUUUUGCGAGAAGUGCUUCAACGAGAUCCAGGGCAACAGCGUGACCCUGGGAGACGACCCCGCCCAGCCGCAGACCAUGAUAUCUAAAGACCAGUUUGAGAGGAAGAAGAACGACACCCUGGACCCCGAGCCGUUUGUGGAGUGUAAAGACUGCGGGCGCAAGAUGCAUCAGAUCUGUGUGCUCCACUAUGAAGUCAUCUGGCCGGCGGGAUUCGUCUGUGAUAACUGCUUGAAGAAGAGUGGGAAAACGCGGAAGGAGAACAAGUUUUCUGCCAAAAGGUUACAGACCACCAGGCUGGGCAUGUACAUAGAGGACCGGGUGAACAAGUACUUGAAGAGGCAGAACCACCCGGAGGCCGGGGAGGUGUUUGUGCGAGUGGUAGCCAGCUCCGACAAGACGGUGGAGGUCAAGCCUGGGAUGAAAGCCAGGUUCGUGGACACGGGCGAGAUGGCAGAGAGCUUCCCUUACAGAACCAAAGCACUUUUCGCCUUCGAGGAGAUCGACGGCGUGGACGUCUGCUUCUUCGGCAUGCACGUCCAGGAGUACGGCUCCGAGUGCCCUUUCCCCAACACCAGACGGGUGUACAUAUCAUACCUCGACAGUAUUCACUUCUUCAAACCUCGGAUACUGCGGACCGCAGUCUAUCACGAAAUCCUGAUCGGCUACCUGGAAUACGUCAAGAAACUUGGGUACGUGACGGGUCACAUUUGGGCCUGCCCCCCCAGCGAGGGGGACGACUACAUCUUCCACUGCCACCCGGCCGACCAGAAGAUCCCAAAGCCCAAGCGCCUGCAGGAGUGGUACAGGAAGAUGCUGGACAAGGCCUUCGCCGAGAGGAUCCUGCACGACUACAAGGACAUCUUCAAGCAGGCGACGGAGGACCGGCUGACCAGCGCCAACGAGCUGCCCUACUUCGAGGGGGAUUUCUGGCCCAACGUGCUGGAGGAGAGCAUCAAGGAGCUGGAGCAGGAGGAGGAGGAGAGGAAGAAGGAGGAGAACACGGCGGCCUGCGAGACGCCGGAGGGGACGCCGGGCGACAGCAAGAACGCCAAGAAGAAGAACAACAAGAAGACCAACAAGAAUAAGAGCAGCCUGAGCCGAGCCAACAAGAAGAAGCCGGGCAUGCCCACCGUGGCCAACGACCUGUCCCAGAAGCUCUACGCCACCAUGGAGAAGCACAAGGAGGUGUUCUUCGUGAUCCACCUGCACUCGGGCCCGAUGGUGAACACGCUGCCGCCCAUCUUGGACCCGGACCCCCUGCUGACGUGCGACCUGAUGGACGGGCGGGACGCCUUCCUGACGCUGGCGCGGGACAAGCACUGGGAGUUCUCCUCGCUGCGGCGCUGCAAGUGGAGCACCAUGUGCAUGCUGGUGGAGCUGCACAACCAGGGCCAGGACCGCUUCGUCUACACCUGCAACGAGUGCAAGCACCACGUGGAGACGCGCUGGCACUGCACCGUCUGCGAGGACUUCGACCUGUGCAUUAACUGCUAUAACACUAAGGGCCACGAGCACCAGAUGGUGAAGUGGGGCCUGGGGCUGGACGACGACAGCAACGGCCAGAGCGGCGAGGCCUCCAAGAGUCCGCAGGAGAGCCGGCGGCUGAGCAUCCAGCGCUGCAUCCAGUCGCUGGUGCACGCCUGCCAGUGCCGCAACGCCAACUGCUCGCUGGCCUCCUGCCAGAAGAUGAAGCGGGUGGUGCAGCACACCAAGGGCUGCAAGCGCAAGACCAACGGCGGCUGCCCCGUCUGCAAGCAGCUCAUCGCCCUCUGCUGCUACCACGCCAAGCACUGCCAGGAGAACAAGUGCCCCGUGCCCUUCUGCCUCAACAUCAAGCACAAGCUCCGGCAGCAGCAGCUGCAGCACCGGCUGCAGCAGGCGCAGAUGAUGCGCCGGCGCAUGGCCACCAUGCAGGGCCGGGGCAUGCCGCAGAGCCUGCCGUCCCCACCCCCGCCGGCCGCGCCCACCACGCCCACCUCGCACCAGCAGCCCAACACGCCACAGACGCCGCAGCCCGCCCCGGCCCAGCCGCAGACUCCCGGCGCGGGCGUCAUGCCACCCGCAUUCCCCAACGCCCAGCGGGGCGGCCAGCCGCCCCCGCCCGCCUCCCAGGGCAAGCCGGGCCCACAGGCCUCGCCCCUGCACCAGCAGCAGUCGCCCCUGCCCCCGCCCCCGCAGCCGGCGCAGCCCCCGCCGCAGCCGCAGCCACAGCCCCCGCUGGCCGCCGUCAAGAUGGCGCAGCACAUCGAGCGGGUGGCACAAGCCCAGCAGCAGCACCAGAGCUACCGCGUCAACAUGAACGGCCUUCCCAUGGGCCACCAGCAGCGCAUGGUGGGCCCCAUGCAGGCAGGCAUGCACGUGGGGCCCCGGGGCCCGCCGGUCAUGCAGGCCAUGCAGCCCGGCCAGUGGCCCGGGGGCCCCCAGGGGCCCAUGCAGGCCGCCCAGGCCCAGCAGCCACAGGGCCCCCCUCUGCAGGCCUCCAUGGCCCCGCAGCAGCCCCAGGGCCCCCAGCCGGCCCAGCAGCAGGCCAUGACCAUGCAGCGGCCCAUGAUGCAGCAGCAGCAGCAGCAGCCCCGCAUGCCGGGCGUGGGCCAGGGCCCCUCGCAGCAGGCGCAGCAGAGGGGGGGCCCCGGCGCCAUCGCCCCCACGGCGCUGCAGGACCUGCUGCGCACGCUCAAGUCGCCCAGCUCGCCGCAGCAGCAGCAGCAGGUGCUCAACAUCCUCAAGGCCAACCCCCAGCUCAUGGCCGCCUUCAUCAAGCAGCGGACCGCCAAGUACCAGGCCAACCAGGGCCAGCCCCCGCAGCAGCAGCAGCAGCAGCAGCAGGGCAUGCACGGGGCCCAGCCCGGGCUGCAGGGCCUGGCCCCCAUGCAGGCGGGGGCCGUGCAGCGGCCCGGAAUGCCCCCCCAGCAGCCCCAGCAGGCCCCGCCCCAGGGCAUGGGCCCCAUGGGGCCGCAGGGGCAGCUGAUGAACCCCGGGCACAACCCCAACCCUCAGCUCCAGGAGAUGUACCGCCGGCAGCUCCUGGCGCGGCAGCAGCAGCAGCAACAGCAGCAGCAGCAGCAGGGCGGCAUGCCUCAGACGCAUGGCCAGUUCCCCCAGGGACAGGGCGGCGCGGCGGCUAGCUACUCGCAGCUCCGCAUGCAGCAGCUGGCCAUGCAGCAGGGCGGCAGCGGGCCCAUGGGGCAGCUCCCCCCGAUGGCGCAGAUGGGCCUGGACGGGUCUCAGAACCUCCUACACCAGCGCAUUCUCCAGCAGCAGCAGCAACAGCAGCAGCAGCAGCAGCAACAGCAGCAGCAGGCGGGGCUGAAGCCCCAGAUGGGCUCCCCGGCCCAGCCCAGCCCCAUGAGCCCCCAGACGCACAUGCUCUCCGGCCAGCCCCAGGGGGCGCACCUGCCCGGCCAGCCCAUGGCCACGGCGCUCGGCAACCAGGUGCGCUCGCCCGCGCCCGUGCAGUCCCCCUGCCCGCCCUCGCAACAACAGCAGCAGGCGCUGCCGCCACAUUCCAGCCCCUCCCCCCGGAUACAGCCCCAGCCCUCCCCGCAGCACGCCCCGCCCCCCCACUCCGGCUCGCCCCACCCCGGCCUGGCCACGCCCAUGCCCAACUCCAUGGAGCAGGGACACUUGGGCGCACCCGAGCAGAGCGCCAUGCUGCCGCAGCUGAACACGCCGGGCCGUGGCGGGCUGGCCAGUGACUUAGGCAUGGUGGGCGACACCACGGGGGACACGCUGGAGAAGUUUGUGGAAGGAUUGUAGCAUUUCCGGACAAAACACUCGCUCUCUCCCCGCCCCAACCCCCUUUUCUGGGCCCCUCUUCGUGUUUUUCUCUGAGAACUUUUUGUACUGACAUGUAAAAAGUUGAAAGCAAAUUUAAAAAAAAAAAAAAAGAAUUAAAAAAAAUUCAACAAUGCGAGGGAAUGCUAAUGU